AUGGCGCCUCCCACGUCCCUGUCGUCGCACGAGCGGACGCGGGUGGAGGACUACUUGAAUGACAAAAUCCAGGUCUCUGCUGACCUUGAAAGUCUGAACUCGCUACUAUCGAGCCUCCGCGUGCAGCAGGAGCUUCAGCGGAAGCAGCUAGCAGAAGCACAUGAAGCCCUCUCGAACGCGACCAAGACAUCCAAUGACCACGUCGAAGCUACUAGGAAGUGUGCCGAGGCAUUCUCGGCGGAGCAGGCGGACAUCGACCAGCGGCUGAAGGCCAUUACACUGUCGGAGACCAGUGAUGAAGCGGUACGGCGGCUCGAAAAGAGCAUGGAGAGGCUUCAGCGACUGGAGCUUUCCAAGGGAUACAUGGAGCUACUGAAGGAGGCUGAGGAGUUGAGCAAGCAAGCUUUAACAGUCAUUUCAUCGGAACCUCGUGCUAGUCUGAGGCCGUACGCUCGGUUACGCAGUAUCGUGGUUGCGCUGAAGGAAGCCCAACCUGCUGCUGAAGGCGCGGCCCCCCACCUUGUCGACUAUACGGAGAAACUGGCCUCCGCAUUGAGACAACAGCUGAAAAAGUACUUUGGCAACCGACUACAAAAGACGCUCGAAUCGUUGAAGUGGCCGACGCGAGAGAUGAACAUCACGGAUAAACUGCUGGCCCAAUGGAGACAGGAUGUCGAGCUUCUGAUCGACCUGCAGAUACCGGAACUCCAAAGUCGCGAUACGUUGAUUAUGGGGCAGAGCCUCGAACCUCCUCUCCUAUUCCCACUGGAGGUCAUGGUGCACCCUCUGGACCUCCGGUUCAAGUACCACUUCAGUGGUGACAAGCCCACAAACAGACUCGACAAGCCCGAAUACUUUUUGUCGCACAUCAUGGACCUUAUCAACCAAUUCGGAGGGUUCUUCACUUCUUACUUGCAGCCAAUCCUUGAUGAAAAGGCACAGUCAGCAGAUUCAGGAGUGGAAUGGAAUUUUUACAAUUCACACCAUGCCUUUAUUACCGCAUUAUUGCCACUGCUGCGCCAAAAGAUCGAUUCGUUUCUUCCUCAAAUCGCAAACUACCCGCAAUUGCUCAGCCACUUCAUCCACGAGCUUAUGAACUUCGACAACGAGAUCCGAGAAACCUGGAAUUACGUUCCUGAUCCCUAUUCGGAGGAUAACUGGAAGGGUAUGACCUGGGAAGUUCUCACAAAGCAGGGAUGGUACGACCGCUGGCUUCAGGUAGAGAAGGACUUUGCACUGGCUCGAUACAAGGAUAUCAUCGACACACCGGAUAGUGGACAGAUUGACUAUGACGGUGUCGAGCUUAUCGCAACUAAACCCACCAAGGCUGCGAUUAGAGUGAACGAUCUUCUGGAAACCAUUACUGAACGCUACCAGCCUCUUACCUCGUUCAGCCAGAAACUGCGAUUCUUGAUUGACAUCCAAAUCACAAUCUUCGACCAAUUCCAUGAGCGCCUCCACUCAGCCCUAGAGGCCUACCUUGCUAUGACUUCUACCCUGGGCCGAACGGUACAAGGAGCCGACGGACAAGCCAGCGUGGAGGGUGUUGCCGGUCUUGAGCGGCUAUGCAGGGUCUUUGGGAGUGCUGAAUAUCUCGAGAAGAAGAUGGAGGAUUGGAGCAACGACGUUUUCUUCGUCGAGCUAUGGUCUGAGCUCCAGGAACGUGUCCUGCAAAAUCGGGACGGCCGAAACGUGGCUGGCACCAUGUCCAUCGCCGAAGUGGCCUCGCGCACCUCACCAGCUGUCGCCAACAACGGGUCAUCCAAUGCGUCCUCAUCAGAUGGUGCUCUCUUUGACGAAACGGCCUUGGCCUACCGCCGUCUUCGACUUCGAUCCGAAUUCAUCAUCACCUCUACUUUGACGUCCAAUAUUACCGCAGCCUUGAAAUCAUACUCCCGCCUAGCUACAUGGGCAACACUCUCCACGCCCUCGGCCGGUGCAACCACCUCUCCACUCUCAAUGACUCCCGAAAUGGCUCAAGCGAUGCGCACGCUAUCUACCCAGCUUUCCUUCCUCUCCCGAGCCCUAGGAGUAGCACCUUUACGACGAGUCUCGCGUCAGCUACUUCUCUCCAUUCAGACCUACGUCUGGGACAACGUGGUGACAAGGAACACGUUCUCCCCAACCGGUGCGGCUCAACUGGCAAGCGACAUCGACCACUUGUGCAGCAUGGUUGAUACCGCGCUCGGCGUAGCUGGGCAAGUGGGUGGCUCAUUGCGGAUUAUGAAGAAGCUCGGUGAGGGACUCCGUAUUCUCAACUUGAAUGCCGCGACCGAUACAACGGAUGAAGCAGCCGGCCUGGGCAUGUGGGAUGUGGAGAAGAGGCUCUUCAAAGAUAAUGAAAGUGCUCGGGCUGUACUUGCUGAACUGGAGAUUGAGGGGUUGACUGAGGCUGAGGCGCGGUCUGUAUUGGAGCGAAGGGUUGAGAUUGGUAGUUAA